UUCUAGUUAACAAGGCACUGUACUUUAUCCCCAUCAUGCCAAAGAAAAGACAAGCGAGUAAAGAAAUGGAUCAGUCUGGUCAAAAUCAUCAGCAAAGCAGAGCCCCUCAGAACGCUGUACCAAUGGGAGCCUUCAGGCAGGGUAGUGUUCCUGCCCUGGAGAGGGGCAUCAUUAGUGGAGACAACGUCCAGUUUGGGAGGCUGCGCCGUCACACUCGUCUGUCCCAGUCGGAGAGCUCUGGGGCUGAAGAGGAAUGGUUGAGCUCCUCAGUGGAGGCGAGUGGCUCGUAUGGUCAAAGCCCCGUGCUGCAGGGUUUGCAGGCAGAGGCAGUGUGGUACAACCGCAAUAUUCACGAUCAGGUCGAGAGCGGUGGACCACUGUCGUCCUCUCCCCGGAGCCCAAACACCAGAGGAUUCUCGCUCUCUCACUCCAGACCCAAUCAAAGUCAACAGCAGGGUCAAGGACCCUCUGUCACCACAGUGAAGGCCUCUGGUACGCCCCACCGUCAGAUUGGCAAAGGCCGCAAUCGCACCUCCUCUGAGACAGAGCAGGGUGGCAAAGGUAGCAGGGGGCCACACCCAAGGAAGAGGGGCAUCUCUGAGACGGAAAGCAAGCCCAAACGGGACAAGUAUGACACCUCUGACAUGGAAUGAGAUGUGACGUGUGCUUUUUGGCUCAUUUAACAACACUUAUUUUCUGUGUGUUGGCUGUUUAUGCUAACUUGUAUCCUUUUUUUUGGGGGGGGGGGGUGUUUUGUUUUUUUACAUUUUUAUUUAUUUUAUACAUAGACCUUCUGGUUGAAAAUAAGUGUGUUGAGGGCAAGUGGGCAUGUACAGCAUAUGGCACCAACGUAUAUUAAUAUGGGUUUAUUCCAAGUUUGUUCAAUACAGUAAAAUGCCACGGUUGCUUUUCCCAACCCUGUUAUUUACCAGCUGCUAGUGUCACACUUAUUUUUAGAUUCGGAACAUUUAAAAAAAAAAAAAAAAAAAAAAAAAAAAAAAAAUCACCUUUCUGACCCUUGUGUGCCUGUCCAUAUUUGUUUUCACACAUGAACUCCAGACGAUGUCAGGAUGGUUGGGUUGGGACUCACAUGUGACUUACAACAGGAGAUAAUUGGCAUUAAACUUAUUCUCAUAAUGGAAAUUCUUCAUUUCAUAAAGAGGAGUGCUGCAUGGAUUCACAAUGCCUGUGCUUUCUUUCAUUUUUCCCCUCUUUGACUUUUCAAUUGUAACUCUGUCAGGUGUAGUCUAGAAAGGAAUGCCCAAGUUAGUUGUAUACAUUUCACCCCUUUCAAGGGUAAUGGUAUGUGUAAGGGGGGGUGUUGGCAGGCAGUGACUAGCCUUUUGUUCAGUAAUCCAGACUCUGCAGACCAGGCAACUCUGUUUGUGUGAGUGUGUAGACUGAUGACUGACUGCUGCAGUAAUUCACAAGCUGAAUGUGACGGGGGUAAAUCAUAGGUUUCAUUUAACCGUUCAUUUACCAUUUAUUGUCAUCUUACUGGAUAUACAGCUGUAGCUGAAAGCAUUGGGGAGAAACGAACUGCAGUGUAAAACUUCACCUAUAGUUCCUGCUGUUGUAACCUGUAAUACAGCAAAAACAUUCGAACGGCUGUCAAAGUUGUUACGUUGCUUUCCGUCUCAGCAGUUUGGCUGUAACGCCUAAAAUUCUUGUCUUGUUGGUUUGCAUAUAAAUUGUCAAACUGUUCCGUUGAAUUGCCAAAUCUCUCAUGAAUUCUUAUC